CUGAGUCUUCUUCUGACAACUGGAAACUCAUCCUCUCCACUCCUGAUCCUUUGAUAGAUCCAAUGAAGAAGGCAUUCGAGCAAACACCAUACAUAGAUGAUCUUGGUAUCUUACAGCAUUUUGAAAAACAUAUUGAUGACUGUGCAGGCAAAUGGACAGAAGCUCAGCAUAAUUAUGAUGUUUAUUAUGCACCAUAUACUGUUCUUUUCCAAGGAUCUGGGACUGGAAAGACAAGACUUCUUCAUCAGCUUGCUCAAACACACUUUCUUUUAUACUUGUGCUUUUGUGAACCUACUAGCUCAGGACUUCCACCAGCAACAGACCAUUUUUGCAUGACAAAAGAGAAUGCAAUUGUUAAUGCAGUAGCCUUUUUCUAUGUUUGUAUAUAA